ACUUGUCGUGUCAAGCUCAACGCCCCAAAAUCACAAAGCAGACCUAUAAAAUAACCCAACAGCCGUUCACAAAAGAGAGACAUACAAUCACAAAGCAGAGAGAGAAAGGCAGAUGCGAAGCUUCAAAUCACUACUGAAGAAAUUUCAAAGCUUCGCCGGACUAGCAACCCUAACAUCAGCAGCAGCAGUUACUAUCUCAACAACACCACCAAAAGUAUCAGCGAUGGCGGAUGAUUACCUGCUCAAAACAGCUCGUGUCUGCAUCAUUGGUAGUGGACCAGCAGCUCAUACAGCAGCCAUUUAUGCAGCUAGGGCAGAACUCAAACCAGUCUUGUUUGAAGGUUGGAUGGCAAAUGAUAUUGCCCCAGGCGGUCAACUUACAACCACCACCGAUGUGGAAAACUUUCCUGGUUUUCCUGAUGGAAUUCUAGGGUUUGAAAUUAUGGAUCGUUGUAGGAAUCAGUCGUUACGUUUCGGAACAGAAAUCAUUACUGAAACUGUUAACAAAGUUGAUUUCUCUAAAACCCCUUUUGAAAUCACUACUGAUAAAACAACUUGUAUAGCUGAUGCUGUUAUUAUAGCUACCGGAGCUGUGGCUAAGAAACUGAAAUUCACGGGAUCUGAAGAGUACUGGAACCGUGGGAUUUCGGCUUGUGCUGUUUGCGAUGGAGCUGCGCCGAUAUUUAGGAAUAAACCAUUGGCUGUGAUUGGUGGUGGUGAUUCAGCCAUGGAAGAGGCUAAUUUUUUGACCAAGUAUGGUAGUAAAGUUUAUAUAAUACAUCGUAGGGAUGUAUUUAGGGCAUCGAAGAUUAUGCAGAAUAGGGCGAUGGCUAACCCUAAGAUUGAAGUCAUUUGGAAUUCCGCUGUGGUAGAAGCGAAAGGUGGUGAUGGGGGUAAAGGUAGUUUGGCGGGAUUGAAAGUGAAGAAUUUGGUUAGUGGAGAAACUACUGAUUUGGAUGUUUCAGGAUUAUUUUUUGCAAUUGGACACGAGCCGGCUACCAAGUUCUUGGAUGGGCAGUUGGAAUUAGAUUCAGAUGGAUAUGUGGUGACGAAGCCUGGAACAACUCUGACUAGUGUUAAGGGAGUUUUUGCUGCUGGUGAUGUUCAAGAUAAGAAGUACAGGCAAGCUAUUACUGCUGCUGGAUCAGGAUGCAUGGCAGCACUUGAAGCUGAACAUUACCUGCAAGAGAUUGGAUCUCAGGAGGGUAAGAGCGAUUGACUAGCUCUAGAUUGUUCAAAGGAACCAAAAACCACUCCAAUGAAGAAGUGCAGUCUGUAGUGUGGAAGAAUAGAAAACAGCAGUAACUUCACCACCAAAUCCAUGUAUGUGUGACCUCUCAUCAAUUCCGUCAUUGUUUAGAUUAUUAUUAACUCAGCUUGAAAGUUAUUUUUAACUUCUGUCAAGCAUUCACGUUGAUUGAAUUUGUCAAUUCUAUUUGGGUACUGUUGAAAAUGAACUUGAUGACCUGAAAAACUGCACUUAUAAUCAAAACUAUAUCCUGAUUUUAUCUGGUCGUAUGUA